GGCGAAUCGCCCAGAGCCUAGAUGAACUGCAACAGGCCGGUAUCAUAAAUGCCACUCGGUCAACUUUAGUUGCCACGGCUCCCACGUUCCCGCCUGCUCUCGCUCAGGUUUAUUAGUGCCUUUUCAACGUGGGGCGUCGCCUUCUGCUACACUCAGCACCGCCUAAAAUUUCCAACACGCCCAGGCUAUCCCGCUUAUUACAUAGCAACCUUUCUGCACACGACUCCCGUCAUCAUUUUGCAGGUUGCCUUCCGGUUGCUGUGCGGAUUCUGGAUUCACCGGCGUUGGGUAUUUUCUCCGUUUGAGACAAACCCGAAACAUCAGCCAACAUGGACGGCAGCAGUGCAGACGAGGAUAUCGAUCUCUACGCCCUCCUCGGCGUAGAUAAGUCCGCAAGCCCCAACGACAUCAAAAAGGCUUAUCGCAAGUUGGCGCUGCAACACCACCCCGACAAGGUCCCCGAAGAGAUCCGCGCCGAGUCCGAGGCCAAGUUCAAAGCCAUCACACAAGCCUACGAGAUCCUUCGCGAUGAGGAGAAGCGCCACCUGUACGACACGCAUGGCAUGGCCGCCUUUGACCCUUCACGAGGCGGGCCUGGUGGCGCCGAAGUCGACCUAAAUGACUUCCUGUCCCAGAUGUUUGGCAUGAACAUGGGCGGCAUGCCUGGCGGCGGUGGCCCGCGUCGGCCUAGACGGAGCCCCGACGAGGAGCAACCCUACAAGGUCACCCUGGAAGAGCUGUACAAGGGCAAGACGGUUAAAUUUGCCGCCGAGAAACAGGUCAUCUGCGGCCAGUGCAAGGGCAGCGGUGCCAAGGACAAGGUCAAGCCCAACAAGUGCGACCGCUGCAGCGGCAGAGGCGUGCAGGACGCCUUCCGUCAGGUUGGCCCAGGGCUCGUCCGCAGAGAGGUCAUUCCGUGCGACCAUUGCCAGGGGUCCGGCAUGUACUACAAGGAGAAGGAUCGCUGCAAGAAGUGCAAGGGCAAGCGCACCGUCAAGGAGACCAAGGCGCUGGAGCUCUACAUCCCGCGUGGCUCCAUGCAGGGCGAGCGCAUCGUGCUCGAGGGCGAGGCCGAUCAGAUGCCCGACAUGACGCCCGGCGACCUAAUCUUCCACCUCGUCGAGGAGCCUCACGAGCAGUUCACCCGCAUCGGCCACGAUCUCUCUGCCGACCUGCAUGUCACCCUCGCCGAGGCCUUGUCGGGCUUUUCGCGUGUUAUCCUGAAGCAUCUCGAUGGCAGAGGCAUUCACAUUGACCACCCCCGCGGCAAGAUCCUCCGGCCCGGCGAUGUGCUCAAGGUCCCGAAUGAAGGCAUGCCUCUUAAGAGAGGAGAGGCAAAGGGAGAUCUGUACCUCGUUGUCAAGGUCGACUUCCCCGAGGAUGGCUGGCUGUCCAAUGACAGCGAUUACGACGCCCUACAAAAACUCCUUCCUCCUCCCGCCCCACCUAUCAAGGCAGACGAGGUGGAUGAAGUUGACUAUGAAGAGGAUGCUGACAUAGAGAAGAUGGGUGCUCACCAGGGUGACCCGCGAUAUGGUGGCGAUUGGGAGGAUGAGAAUGAGGAUGAUGGUGAAGGCCCGCAAUGUGCCACACAAUAAGUGGGUGCGCCGCUCAAUGGCUACUUCGCAAUGAUACCGGCGUCUUCCAGCGGGCGGGCCGCGUCGAUGGGAGAGCAUAGGUCUGUCAUAAGCUCUCGGACGGUCGAUCAAGAUACGUUUGGCUACGAGCAUACAUCGUCAUGAUCAAUGCGGGGUGGCGGAUCACUCAACCCAACACUCCCACAUAUCCACCAACUUUGAAGCGGCCAUUUAUAAUCAGAUGCCGGAAGGGAUUGUCGUCCUAGAGUGCCCUCCCCCGUUUUGCCGCCAAGAUGAGGUCAGGAUGGCUUCGUUUCGCCAGCAGAUACAGAGAGCAGGAACCCCCCGGCCACCGCGGGGUCGAUCGUUGGCAACCGCUCUUCCAUAGUUAAUGACACGGAUAAAUGACCU